GCCUGCUGACGGGUUCCAUCGGAUGGGGCUGCCGUAACGAACGCAUGUAAAAUACCUUCUGUCUUGGUGUAGCUGUCCGUACCGAGAGCUAGUCGCGUCUGGCGGACCUUCGCCUUUUUAAAAACUUUAAAAAAAAAAGUUCGUCAUCCCGGUCUGUCAUGUGACGCCCGACAUGGUUCCUUGCCCCAGCGCUGAAUAGACUCAGUUUGGGCUUGUGUUGAGGACUCUCGGGAAUCGUUCUGCGCUUCGUUUGGACGAAGAUGGAGGUGAACCGCCUGGACUUCUACAUCGGCCUCUCGCUGGCCGUCUCCUCCAGUGUUUUCAUCGGAGCCAGCUUCAUUUUGAAGAAGAAGGGGCUGCUGCGACUGGCCAGGACGGGCUCCUUGAGAGCAGGUCAAGGUGGUCAUGCGUAUCUGAGAGAAUGGCUGUGGUGGGCUGGACUCAUAUCAAUGGGAGCUGGAGAGGCCGCGAACUUUGCUGCGUAUGCGUUUGCACCAGCAACUCUUGUAACACCUCUUGGAGCGCUGAGUGUUCUAGUCAGUGCCGUCCUGGCCUCCUACUUUCUCAACGAGCGCCUAAACAUCCACGGGAAGAUCGGCUGUCUCCUGUGUAUUCUGGGUUCCACCGUGAUGGUUCUUCACGCUCCACAGGAGGAAGAGGUCGCCUCGCUCGCCGUCAUGGCGGAAAAACUCAAAGACCCAGGUUUUAUCGUGUUCGCUGUGUGCGUAGUGGCGAGCUGCCUGGUCCUUAUCUUCACUGUGGCCCCGCGCUUCGGUCAGAAGAAUGUGCUGGUCUACAUCCUCAUCUGCUCCGUGAUUGGCUCCCUCUCUGUGUCCUGUGUCAAGGGGCUGGGUAUCGGCAUUAAGGAGCUCUUUGCAGGGACAGCAGUGCUGAAAGAGCCUCUGUUUUGGUCCCUCGUCGUCUGCCUGAUUCUCUGCGUCAGCAUCCAGAUCAACUACCUGAACAAAGCUCUGGAUAUUUUCAACACCUCCAUCGUCACGCCCAUCUACUACGUCUUCUUCACCAGUGCAGUCAUGGCCUGUUCUGUCAUCCUCUUCAAGGAGUGGCAGAGCAUGACCGUUGACAGGGUGGUGGGAACCAUCAGUGGAUUCUUCAUCAUCAUCUUGGGGAUCUUCCUCCUCCAUGCUUUUAAGGACAUCGUCUUCAGCUGGGACUCCAUGCCGAUGUACCUGAGAAAAGGGCAUCAGUGGCUGCCGGGAGGUCAGCAUGCGUACAUGCCUCUGCAGAGUCAAAGCAGCCAGUCGGAGGAUGAAGUGAAGCUGCCAGCAAGCCAAGCUGAGGACCAGUGAAACUGUCAACAUCAUUCUGAACUGUGUCACAAAAAGAUUUUGUCGCGUUGUAGACCAAUUUUUUGUGUGUGUUUUGUUUUAAUAUUUAUGAUUAUUCAUAUUUAAAAGACUGGUGACCUUGACAAUAUUUCACUUUCAUGACGGUCGUCUUCAGUGCAUGGAUAAAGUCAUAUCCUGACAUGAAAAAUGGCCUCUCAAACACCCUGUUUUGAAGAUGCAAGAUCAGUUUGGAUGCUUCGGGAAUGUUCUUUACUGCGAGGGGUGAUGUACCAUUGACAACAGGCUGUGCCACAAUUUAAGUAUUUACAAAGUGCAGUUUGGCAAGUGGAUGUAACUGUUUUGAAUUUCUGUUUAUUGCAUAUG